AUGAUUCCCGGCGACUUCGACGACGCUGCGCUCUUGGAGCACGACAUCGACGUCGACGGGCAAGAUGAUCCACUGCGCGCGCAUCGCGUCGCGCUCGAAGAGGCCGCGCAGCACGAGGCGAAGAUCAAGGCGAAAAUGAGCGAGGUGGAGGCCGAGCUGAAAAAGAUGAAGGACUCGAGGAAGGGCAAGGGGUCCGGCAACCCGGGGAAGGAGCACUCGAAAAAGAAACGGAUGCUCGAGGGCCAGCUCAAGGAGCUGCAGGAGGGCAAGUUGCCCGCGGCCAACGCGGGUCUCCGCAAGAAGAAGCGCGUGCUCGAGGGGCCGGCGCUGGCGCGCGCAGUAGCGCAGGACGCGGAGCACCACGCUGCGCCGGCGCGGCCGCCCGUGGGCACGACGGCGAAGGCCGCGCGCGUCGCGGCGCCGCGGAUUAUGUCGGGCGCGCUGCCGGCCAACGCCGCGGACGAGGACUCGGACGACGGCGCCGAGGACGAGGACGAGGAGAUCGUGACGGAGAACCCGACCUACUACAAGAUCCCGCUCGGCCAGAGGCUCUGGAUCGAUAAGGUCAAGAAGGACGUGAAGGGCACGUCCAGCGGCCCGUCGAACGUGCUCGCCCAGCGGCGCCGCGCCACGUUCGAGCCCCCGGACCCCGACCUCGAGCCGAC